CAGUUCAAACGUGAGACGCAGCUUUGCUCGUAUAAAUAGGCGAGUUGGAGCAAGCAAUUCUCGCAGCUCCAAUCCAUUUCCAUUCCUUUCCAUUGUGAGAAGGCAGGAAGAGUUUUUGGAAGUCAUGGCCAACGUGAAGCACCAUCAGGUGGAGGUGAAUGUUUCCAUCGACCGGAUGUGGGGAGCAUUGCAAGACAUGCCCCAUUUGCUCAGCAAGAUCGUCCCCGAAGGGAUCAAGAGCGUCGACAAGAAGGAUGGAACCGUGACGAUCCACUUCGCGCCUGCCAUCGCCGAGAAGUUUGGAGACUACGUCAAGGAGAAGGUCGAAAUCGAUCACAAGAACAAGACCCUGGUGACCGAGAUGCUGGAGGGCGCAGGGCUGGGCAAGAAAUACACCUCCAAGAAGCUUGUGACUUGUCUCAAGCCGGGCAAGAGCGCGAGCUCCACCCUCGUCUCGUGGGAGGUCCACUGCGAUCCAGUCGGCGAGGACGCGGCCGAGGAAGCCGAGAGCCUCUCCACGCUCAAGAAAGUGGAGGAGCACCUCGUCGCCAAUCCUUCUCUCUACGCUUGAGGAGAAUCAAAGAGAUUGCAAUAAAGGGUUUGUGAGAAAUUUUAUACAAAAAUUUUGAAAAGAAAGAUUUGGGUUUCAUGCGAA